GAUGUUGCAUUGGAAGGGUUCGAACUUUCUCUCACACGCAACUUAAUUUUCUUCUCCUUUUAAAGUAAUAACAGAACUAGAACUAGAUUUUGACAGGGUGUUUGUUUCCCCCCUUCUCGGUAUACCCAACUGAUUGCUAAAUAGCUGUCUGGCUGUCCUGUCACGUCGCGUGAUAUUUCUCUCUCUCUGUUCUUUAAGUUUGAUCCUUUGUGUUUGCCCCUUGGUCUGAGACGAAACGCCAUACAACUGCGGGCGCAUUGUGGGUUGCUAAGGGAUCCCACACUCCAAGAUCACCUUACCGCACCAGAUUUGACAGCCCGUCUCGCAGCGGCUCUCCUACCUAACGACAUGGCCUCCGUUGCCGUUGGCGUUGCCAACGCCACUGCUGCGUUCACCUCGCCGCUCGCCAGCUAUGUGCCCAGCAAUGUAGCCCUACCACCCCAGUUGGAAUACGUGCUUGGCAACGUUAUCGAGACGGUUUCCAAUGCCGGAUUUUGGACAAUCUUGGGCACUGUUGUGCUCAUGUUGGCCAUCUACGACCAAUUCAGCUACCAGCGAAGCAAGGGUAACAUUGUUGGCCCAAGGUUCAAAGAGCCUUUCAUCGGCCCGUUCCUGCAGUCAAUGAACCCUAAGUGGGAGGAGUACUACGGCAAGUGGACAAGCGGCCCUCUUAGCUGUGUCUCCGUCUUUCACAAGUUCGUAGUCAUUGCGUCAACCCGUGAUCUUGCACGCAAGAUUUUCAACUCGCCCGGAUAUGUUAAGCCAUGCGUCGUCGACGUGGCUCCCAAAUUGCUGGGGCACGAUAACUGGGUGUUUCUCGAUGGCAAGGCGCAUGUUGACUUCCGCAAGGGCCUAAAUGGUCUGUUCACGCGCAAGGCGCUUGAGUGCUACCUGCCCGGACAGGAGGAUGUUUACAACCGCUACUUCAAGAAGAUGGUUCAGAUCACCAAGGAUGCUGGCGGAAAGCCGGUUCCUUUCAUGGUCGAAUUCCGCGAGAUCAUCACCGCCGUUUCUUGCCGUACCUUCGUCGGUCACUACAUGUCCGACGAGACGGUUCGCAGGAUUGCCGUCGACUACUUCUACAUUACCGAGGCUCUGGAGCUUGUCAACUUCCCCAUCAUUCUCCCUUUCACCAAGACGUGGUAUGGAAAGAAGGCGGCCGACAUGGUCCUGGCCGAGUUCUCCAAGUGCGCGGCUAAGAGCAAGGCCCGCAUGAACGCAGAUGGAGAGGUUACCUGUAUCAUGGAUGCCUGGAUUCAGCAGAUGGUUUUGUCCCAGCGCUGGCGCGAUGCUGAGGCUGCCGGAACCAUCACCGAUGACAUGGAGAAGCCGAACCCCCUUCUUCGCGACUUUACCGAUUACGAGAUCGCCCAGACUUUGUUCACCUUCCUCUUCGCUUCCCAGGACGCUACCAGCAGCGCUGCUACUUACAUGUUCCAGAUCAUGGCGCAGCACCCCGAGGUUCUUGACCGUGUUCGCGAGGAGAACUACAAUGUCCGCAACGGUGAUAUAAACGCUCGUGUGAGCCUGGAACAGCUCGAGUCGAUGAAGUACACACGUGCCGUGGUCAAGGAGCUUCUGCGUUACCGUCCCCCAGUCAUCAUGGUACCUUACGUCACCAAGAAGGCUUUCCCUAUUACUCCUGAAUACACCGCUCCCAAGGGUUCCAUGCUCAUUCCUACCACUUACAUGGCUCUGCGUGAUCCGGAGGUGUACGACAGGCCAGACGAGUUUGACCCGGAGAGGUACUACACUGGUGACGCCGAGGAAAAGGGUCAGAAGAACUUUCUUGUGUUCGGUACAGGACCUCACUAUUGUCUCGGCCAGCAUUACGCUCAGCUGAACUUGGCUUUGUUCGUCGGCAUGGCCUCACUUCAGCUGGACUGGAAGCACCACGCGACCCCCUUGUCAGAAGAGAUUCAAGUUUUUGCCACCAUUUUCCCCAAGGACCACUGCCCCUUGACUUUUGACUGGAGGAAAUGGAACUAAAUUCAAGCUGUACAACCAUGCAAGGGCACCAGUCCCAAACCAGUGCCAUGGUUGAGACAGAAUAUUGGUUCUAACGAUACAGUGGCAGCUUUUUAUGGAUAUGAAUUAAUGGGCCGAACUAAUACCCCUUAUGUCGGCCUCGAAAAGCUUUGAUUGUGCAGAGGCAUCCGACCCGUGGCUUUUGGAAUUUUUUGAAAUUUAUAACUGUACAUAGACUUUCCAUCCGAUAAUCACUAAUAUGACCAUUACAGACGACCGUUUGGACGAG